GAUCGACGCGAGCGUGUCGGGGUUCGGCUGCUCUGGCCUUGAGGCUGGACAGUGAAAGUGUGCAGAUUGAUUCGUGUAGAUGAAGAGAAGAGGGGCACAAGGGCGAGAUUUCUUCUCCUCCUUGCGCUCGGAUGCACCAACAAGUUUGACAUCCAGUCGUUAAAAUAGCCGAGAUGUGACGCCGAUCUGUGUAAACGGAGAUCAGGAUGGCACCACCUCCGCCUCUUUUUGAGCCAGGAAAAACCCUGGUAGUGUUGAGACCUUUGGACCAAAACUGCACUCUUGACAUGUUUGAGGAAAAACAGCUUUGAGUACAACACACGACCUUCUCCUCCGUGUACCUCGAACACAAAGAGGCGAUUAGAAGAAAGCACUUUUUCCCCAGUGGUCGACUUGCCAAGUUCUUAGUGUUUUUCAGGUUGAUUUCUAUGGACUCAAUGGAGACGUCCUGGCCUGUGGUCUCAGCAGAGGGUGAAAAACAGGAGGUCUUCGAGGCAGCCCCUAAACUAUGGGAUUUGAGAACCACUGAGGGCGCUUUGACAAAAGGAGGGAAGAGGGGCCGACAUCGAGAACAAAACGAAAGGAUUGAGCUUUUCAAAAGAGGAUCAGUACUUUCGGACUCGGCGGGGUGCAUGCUGCCCCCUCAACUGGACGUCCUCUUUUGUGCGAGAGAGAGAAAAUAAAAGCAGGCAUGCGCAAUAAACUGAGGAAGUUCCGGGAUGCCGGCCGCCCCAUGCUGGGGAACAGGACUGAUUUGGUGCUGCUGGCUGUGAUGGUGCUUUUAGUUGCGGAUGUGCGGGCGUCCUGGGAAGUUUUUGGCGACGUGAGGCAGCUCGAGGCAUCUAUGCAGUCCACCAUGCUGGCAGACCAUCGGGAGGCGGAAGCGGGCAUAUCGCAGCCCAGCGGCUUGCCGGAUUCCUCCGCGGUGGUGGGCAGGGUUUUCCAAAUGCAGGUGCCCGUCAAAGCCAAGGGCUCCGGGAGCAAAGUAAAGAUCACAGAAGCAAGCAAAGAUGUGCUCCCAGCAUGGUUGCAUUGGGAUGUGGAGAGUGGCACACUUCAAGGCCUUCCUCUAGAGACAGACAAGGGCGUUCACUACAUUUCUGUUUCUGUUUCCAAUGAGAGCAGUGUCUCCCCAAUCCCAGAUGUGUUUUCCAUCGAGGUGCACCCAGAGGAGCACGCCGACACGGACCCUUUUCAGCUCGCAAUCCAAUCGGCCAGCAACGACGCACAGCCUUUCAUCUGCGGUAAUGAGGAGCCCGUCACAGUGCUUACUGUCAUUCUGGAUGCUGACCUCAAUAAGAUGAGCUCCAAGCAGAGGGUGGAGCUACUUGCCAAGAUGAAGAAAUUCUCCGGCAUGGGGCUGCAGCACAUGAAGAUUUUGCCUGUGGUUAACAACCGUUUGUUUGACAUGUCUGCUUUCAUGGCGGGACCGGGAAAUGCCAAAAAGGUUGUGGAAAACGGUGCCCUUUUGUCCUGGAAACUGGGCUGCAAUCUGGAUCAAAGCAGCAUACCUGAUAUCAGUAGCGUUCAGGUUCCAGCAAAAGAAGGGACCAUGUCCGCACAGUUGAAAUAUCCUGUCGUUGGGUGGCACAUCGCUAACAAGAAGCCCCAUGUGCCCAAAAGGGUGCGAAGGCAGCUGAACAACACCCCAACCCCUAUUCCCUCAUUACUCCCCCCAACAACUUACCCUGAACCCCCAAUUCGUAUUGUUCCCACACCAACGUCUCCUUCCAUUGCUCCUACCACUGACAGUUCUGCCCCACCUGUUCGCGGUCCGGUCCCACUCCCUGUGAAACCAACCCUUCGACAGCGAGAACCAAUCGCUUACACUCCAACCUUAGGCCCCCCUCAGCCAACACGAGUCAUGGAAACCACCAGCACAAUCACCAUCCAGCCCACCAUGACCCGGCCUGUAUACGUUGGAGCCUCCGUGACCCCAGCCACACCCACCACUAGGAAACCAACAAAACGACCAGGGAAGAAGCCAAAGACGACCCCUAUACCCAAGACCACAACAACCAAGGCCCCGAGACGAACAACUACCGUAGUUGUCUUGCCCAAUGGCAAUAUUAAACCACAGCUCCAGAACCCAAUCGAUCAGGUGAACGCCUACGUGGGCACGUACUUUGAGGUGAAGGUUCCGCCGGAUACGUUUUUCGACAAAGAGGACGGAACUACAGAUAGGUUGAAGCUUACCUUGCGAUUUGGCAACGAUUUGGUCGGGGAUGAUUCUUGGAUACAGUUCAAUAGCACAAGCCAGUUGCUCUAUGGAUUACCCGAUCAAGAGCAUGAAGGAAAGCACGAGUACUUUAUGCAGGCAACAGACAAAGGAGGUCUAUACGCAAUCGAUGCCUUUGAGGUCCGUGUCAAUCGCUGGGGAAACAACGUUAAGCCGCCGGUGUUGUUCACAGCCGUAUUUGACGGGGAUGCGCGUACUGUCACGAAUGACAUUCACAAGAAGAUCCACCUUGUCAAGAAACUCGCCCAAUCGUUUGGCGAUCGUAACAGCAGCACCGUUACCUUGAAGAACAUCUUGAAGGGCUCCAUCAUAGUGGAAUGGACCAACAACAGCCUUCAGCAAAACCCCUGCCCGAAAGAUCAAAUACAGCUUUUGAGCAGAAGGAUUUCCGACAACGAGGGUAGACCUUCACCACACUUCAGAUAUGUCAUGGAGCCAGACUUCAAGGCCUCAAAUAUCACCGUCAGAGGUAUAGGAAGCUGCCGUAACUACAUGUUCGUCCCAAUGGGCGAGAUUCCAGAUCCCACCCAAUCUCCCGUUACUCCCGCCGUGGGCGCGGGAAGACAGAGCACGGACGACGUGUAUCUUCACACGGUCAUACCGGCUGUGGUGGUUGCUGCCAUUUUGCUAAUAGCAGGAAUCAUCGCCAUGAUUUGCUAUCGUAAGAAACGCAAGGGCAAGUUGACUAUCGAAGACCAAGCGACUUUCAUCAAGAAAGGAGUACCGAUCAUUUUCGCAGAUGAGCUCGAUGACUCCAAGCCGCCUCCAUCUUCCAGCAUGCCCCUUAUCCUACAGGAGGAAAAACCUCCUCUUCCCCCACCGGAGUAUCCCAACAUGGCUAGUCCAGAGACAACACCCCUAAACCAGGACCUUUUGGGAGAGUACGCACCUCUACACGAUGAGGAUCCCAAUGCCCCACCCUACCAGCCUCCACCACCCUUCUCCGUCCCGAUGGAGGGUAAAGGUUCCCGCCCCAAGAACAUGACCCCAUACAGAUCCCCACCCCCUUACGUGCCUCCCUAAUGUUUGCAGGAGCCUCCGGAUCCGGAGGACAGGGAACUUUCGUAGUUCCGAACCGUUGUGUUGUCUGCAUUAUUGGAUUGUUUGAAAGGGUGUGCUGCAAAUGGGGAAUGUGGGUUUGAAUGUGACAGGAUGUUUUUGUUAAAGUGGACUCUUGUUAAAGGAGUGGUGGGAGUUAUGGGGGUUACGUGGAUAAUCAACUAAAGACAACGACCUCAGCCUCUUGACUACUCUGGUUUUUGCUAAACUGUUGAGGAUGUACCCUCCAGUCCUGGCGCUUUUGUGUCUAGAUGGGCUUUUUGACUAAUUUUUUUCUGUUUGUUUGUUUUUGUUUUUUGUUUUGUUUUUGUUUUCUGACACGGAAUCAAACUCCUUGCCUAACAGCACUCUUUCUAUCUUCUAAAUUCGUUAAUCUUGAAUAAUAUAAUCGGACAACAAAACUGACUGCAGGUGCAAAAGAUUUCAUAGAAAAAUUCAAUCACAGAGGGGAAAUAAAAGGAUGGGCUUGGACAGCCAUGCAGACAGUUUCGUGGGAUGUCGAUUCAUUAUGGUUUUGCCUUUUAACACAGAAUUAAACUGUUUUUAUUGUUCUUCACAUGUCUAGUUAAAAUCACUACAAGAAGAGGUAGCCAAAACGAGAUAUUUGUUUAAUCCAAUGUAUAUUUGAAAGUUGUUACGCUAGAUCUACAUUAAUUUUUAUUAUAUAUAUAUUUUUUACUUUUUCUUUUUUCCACCGUUCGAUCUUGGGGAAGUACGAAUAAAAAUCAAAUCACAGAGAACAUAUCGCAGUGAGUUCUGACUUGAGAUCAAUGUAUAAGAUACAUCUCUUUUAUAUCCUCUCGUCAGUCAUGUGAAUGGAGGUGGUAGUCUCGAGUGUGCUGUCUAUGCAGAUUUUGCUUUUGACCCGACAGUCCAGAUUCUGAUAUUGAUCACGUUUAAUCGUAUUUCUCGUGGGCCAUGGAGAAAUCUUGGGAUUUAAUUGGAUCUUUGCAUCCUUAAUUGCUCAAGUCAGAACCACGUAUAUACUGUACCAGUUUAACUCAAGCUACUGAUAGCCCUUGAGACGGUCAAAGACUUGAUUUAAUUAGGAAGAGCUUUGAGACGAUUUGUAGUUUGUUUCUUUUAUUUUUGUUAUUUUUAUAUAUAUAUAUAUUUCAGUGAUGAUUGAGUAUAUGCCUUGGAUCCACUCGAAAUAAAUCAAAAUAAAGACUGAAGAUUUUGAUAACGGCAA